AUGUCCAUCGAAACCACUGGCGCUACGACAGAAAACUCAAGCAUUUCUCUUAUUGCCUCCCAUUCACACAUCACUGGUCUUGGGUUGGAUGAACAUUUGCAACCAAAGGAAACAAGUCAAGGUAUGGUUGGCCAACUAAAUGCAAGGAAAGCUUGUGGUAUUGUUCUGAAGAUGAUCCAGCAAGCGCAGAUUGCCGGCAGAGCGAUUUUAAUUGCAGGUCCACCAUCGACAGGUAAGACUGCGUUAGCUAUGGGAUUAUCACAAAGUCUUGGAAGCGAUGUACCAUUCACUGCCGUUACUGCAAGUGAAUUGUACAGCAAGGAAAUCAGCAAAACUGAGUCGUUGACACAAUGUUUCCGUAAAAGUAUUGGAAUCAGAAUCAAGGAGGAAACAGAAGUUAUUGAGGGUGAAGUUGUUGAGAUUCAAAUUGAUAGAUCUCUUACAGGUGGUCACAAACAGGGUAAAAUUACAAUUAGAACGACCGAUAUGGAGACAAUCUACGAAUUAGGUAACAAAAUGAUUGAUGAAUUGAGCAAGGAAAAAAUUGUUGCCGGUGAUAUAAUUUCCAUCGACAAGGCAAAUGGUAAGAUCACAAAACUAGGUAGAUCUUUUACUAGAGCUAGAGACUAUGAUGCCAUGGGAGCAGACACCAAGUUUAUUUCAUGUCCAGAAGGUGAGUUGCAAGUGAGGAAGGAAGUUUUGCAUACGGUUUCUCUACAUGAAAUUGAUGUUAUCAAUUCUAGACAACAAGGUUUCUUGGCCUUAUUCAGUGGUGAUACAGGUGAAAUUAGAAGCGAAGUCAGGGAUCAAAUUAACCUAAAAGUUGGAGAGUGGAAGGAAGAAGGUAAAGCGGAGAUAAUACCUGGUGUUUUAUUUAUUGACGAAGUUCAUAUGUUGGAUAUUGAAUGUUUUUCAUUUAUUAAUAGGCUAUUGGAAGAUGAGUUUUCUCCUAUUGUUAUAAUGGCAACAAAUAGGGGCAUCUCAAAGACAAGAGGUACCAAUUAUAAAUCGCCUCAUGGUCUACCACUUGAUUUGUUGGAUAGAAGUAUCAUCAUCAAAACCGAGAAAUACAACGAGGAGGAGAUUAUGAAAAUUCUCCAAAUCCGGUGUAACGAGGAAGAAGUUGAAAUCAAUAUCGAUGCCAUGAAAUUAUUGACGAAAAUCGGUUCAGAGACUUCGUUGAGAUACGCAUCGAAUUUGAUCAGCGUUAGUAACUUGAUUGCCAAGAAGAGAAGAAGUGAGACUGUUGAACUUGAGGAUAUCAAAAGAAGUUAUUUAUUGUUCCUCGACUCUUCAAGGAGUGUUGCAUUCUUACAGGAGAACGAAUCAAACUAUAUUGACGAUGAUGGUAAUGUCCAGUUUGGUAGUAAGGUAGUGUCGGGGGAUGCCAUGGAAGUCGAUAGUUAA